UCCAUCCUUGCCCCAGUCAGUGCAAGCGCGCAGUCCUAAGCGACCGGUGCAGCCGAUGGCGCACAGCAGCAGCACCAGCUCCUAUGACCCCAGAGCGGGUAGCCGAUAGUCUUCUAUCUUAAGCCUUCGAUGGUAGCAGGCACCGGCCAUGGAGAAGGACAUGACAGCCUAUGUGUGUGAUCCAGUGCAUAUAAAACCAGAACCACCUCAAGACUCAUCCAGCAGUGCCUCAGUCUCCAUGAGGAGCCUAGAAGGUAGAUACAUACUACAGACCUGGGAGAAGUCUGACUUGGAAGACCAGCUGAGGACUGGGGUGUGAGCUUUUAAGGCCAUGUCUUACCCCAUUCUUAUCCAUGUCCCGCACUUCACAAGUAACAGCUUAAUCUAUUGCUAGAACAGCAUUGGGUCAGUCACUACACCCUCCCAGACUUUGGCUUGGUUGGGAGCCCAGUGGUCAGAGUUGGAAGAGAAGUAGCCAAGGCCAAAAGGUGAAUGUAGAAGCCACAGGCUCCCAGAAUGGAGGCCAAUGGCACGGUCCAUUCCUGCUGCUUGGACUCUACUGCACUGAAAGUCACCAUCAGUGUAGUCCUCACCACUCUCAUCCUCAUCACCAUCGCCGGCAAUGUGGUUGUCUGCCUGGCUGUCAGCUUGAAUCGUCGACUCCGCAGCCUGACCAAUUGCUUCAUUGUGUCCCUGGCAGCCACUGACCUGCUUCUUGGCCUCCUGGUGCUGCCUUUCUCUGCCAUUUACCAGCUGUCCUUCAAGUGGAGCUUUGGCCAGGUCUUCUGCAACAUCUACACCAGCCUGGAUGUGAUGCUCUGCACAGCGUCCAUCCUCAACCUCUUCAUGAUCAGUUUGGACCGCUACUGCGCUGUCACGGACCCACUGCGGUACCCCGUGCUGGUCACCCCAGUUCGUGUUGCCAUCUCUUUGGUUUUUAUUUGGGUCAUUUCCAUCACCCUAUCCUUUCUCUCUAUUCACCUAGGGUGGAACAGCAGAAACGGGACCAGAGGGGGCAAUGACACCUUUAAGUGCAAAGUGCAGGUCAAUGAGGUAUACGGACUGGUGGAUGGGCUGGUUACCUUCUACCUGCCUCUUCUCAUCAUGUGUGUCACCUACUACAGAAUCUUUAAGAUCGCCAGGGAGCAGGCCAAAAGGAUCAACCACGUCAGCUCCUGGAAGGCGGCCACCAUCAAAGAGCACAAAGCCACCGUGACGCUGGCGGCCGUCAUGGGCGCGUUCAUCAUCUGCUGGUUUCCUUACUUCACUGCAUUCGUUUACCGUGGGCUGAGAGGGGAUGAUGCCGUCAACGAGGUGGUUGAGGGUAUCGUCCUGUGGCUAGGCUAUGCCAAUUCAGCCCUGAACCCCAUCCUGUACGCUGCCCUCAACAGAGACUUCCGCACAGCGUACCAACAGCUCUUCCACUGCAAGCUCACAAACCACGACUCUCACAAAGCUUCCCUGAGGUUGAACAACUCUCUUCUGUCCAGGAGCCAAAGCCGAGAAGGUAGAUGGCAGGAGGAGAAGCCCCUAAAGCUCCAGGUGUGGAGUGGGACAGAACCCGCACACCCCCAGGGAAGCCCAGUCAGGAAAACAGCACUGUCUUGUACCACAUGCUCCAAUAACCUCCUAAGCUGCUGCAAGAGCCUGUGGGGUCUUUGCCUCCUCCAGCAACACCCAGAAGGACCAUCAGAGGAGCAACUGGGGGAGCCACUGUCUGAGGAGACAGAAAGGACACCGUCACAGGAAGGAAUGAGGGUGUUGCCCUGUGAGGCUGUCUAGAUCCCGCCCAGGACACCAAGAUACUGGCCUUAUCACUUGGAUCUCCUUUCUGGAGCUCCUGUAGAUCAAGCCCCACCAAACCAGUGAGGACAAACUUCAGCCUGAGCCUGGAGGCUCACAGAACACCCAGAUCAGCUUCCCUGGGAGCAGAUUCUAGACAGGGACUUAGGCUUAUUUAGGCUGAAUUCCUUGGGUUCAAAGCUCACGUUGGUGCUGGCCCUAGGAGUCAUGAGCAGAGAUAGCAGGACAGAGGCAUGUAGCCAGGUGUGCAUGGACAUACUUCUGUAGAAAAUAUGCACAUCUGCUGGGCAGGGCAAAGGAUGCUGCCAUAAAGCACUGGCCUGGCCUCGCUUCCUCAUGGGGUCUCAACAUGAGCAGAAAAGAAGGGACUGGAAGAGAAGGAAGAGGAGAGAAAUUGCCCUCCACAAACACCUAAGUAAGUUCCAGGUACUUUGUCUACACAGGCUCUCAUAAUUUAUAUGCAUAUGCUUAGGAUAAGCAUCACCAUCCAGACUUUAGAGAGAUGAAAACUGAGAGUCAGGGAGGUAUGAAAUAUACCUCAGGCACUCAACCAGAAAAUGUGCCUGGGAUAGAGGUACUCAGAAAGUAUGGUGAGUGAAUAGAUGCAUGGGAAGAUGGAUGGAUGGAUAGAUGGAUGGAUGGAUCGACGGACAGAUGGACAGAUGGACAGAUAGAUGAUGGAUGGAUGGGUAAAUGGAUGGAUGGAUGGAUGGAUGGAUGAAUGGAUGGAUAGAGGGAGGAUGGAUGGAUAGAGGGAGGAUGGAUGGAUGGAUGGAUGGAUGGAUGGGGUGAAAAUCCAGGCUUAUGUCCAUGUUUUCUAAACUACACUGACACCAAUGUAGUUGAAGAGAAGCCAAGAUCGUUUCUUAUCUCAGCUAACCCUCCUCUAGCAAGUCUUAGCCCUUCAGGAAGCCCCCCCCCCAUGAUGAGCUACAAGCAUUGAUGGUGCUCGUUAUCAACAAGAAGUAGUGUACAGUGGGCUUGCAGGCCAAAGUGUGUCUGUUGAGCCCCAGGCAAGCACAGGUAGACGUUGGAAAGAUGCAAAGGGAACAAAUGUGAGGGUUGACCUAGUGCCACCCUCAUCUGGUGACCAGGACAAAUUCCUGCCCUCUGGGCAGCUCUAUAUUCCUCUGUACAAAUGGAUAAACUCCCUUUCUGUAGUUGGAGGACUACUGAAGAGACUGGAGGUGGAGCUGGUGAGAGCGCCACAGAGAAGAGGGUGUCUAUAGGCUUCUCUUCCCUAAGGCUUCUCAUUGGUGUUGCCCUUCCAUGACCUCAACCCCUCCUUGAUACCCAUGGUUCCUUGGGUUUCCAAGACCCUCUCCUGCCCACCCCCCACCAUGACCACCCUUUAUGUGACUUUCCAGCCCUCUCUGUGACUCGCUGUCCUCCACACAACCAUUAGAUGUGACCGUUCCCUGGAGCUCGGUGACAAACCAAACAUAAGGAUAUUAUUUACUGAUUCACAACUGUAGGCUAAUCACCAGGCCCCUGGGCACUUCCGCCUGCAUGUUUCAAAGGUAUCUUACCUUUAACAAGUCCACAGCUACACUCUCCAACUUCCCCCUCACCUGAUUCUCCAAAGCCCCCUUCUCAAGCAAAGGAUACAUCCCUGGCUUCAAAAGCCUUGGUCAGCCUCAGCCCCUCCUUUUACUUUGCCUCUUCUCAUGGGGGACACUCUAGAGUCUUAGCUCCAACACAUAUCCACCAUCCAACUGAUAGGCUGCUUCUUCCCUUUCUCACAUGACCUCCCCCCCACUGCUGUAGUCUCCAUUGGGACAACUGGUAAAGCUGCUUAGAUCUCUUUCCUACACCCACCCCACCCUCUUCCUCCCAUCAGCUCUCCGCACAUCCUCAGUGGGCUGUGAAAAUGUAUACCCCGCUGUGUCACAUGCAGGAUAGAACCUUCGUUAGAAUGGCCCGCCGGCCUGGCCUUGCCGGCUUCCACGUCCCUUCAGUUCCCGCUUCACCACCCCCUACCUUCUCUUAAUUCUGCCGCUGUUUGUCUUAUCGUUUUAUUUAGAUCUACUAUUUCUAGCAAACAAGGAACUCAGUGCUAUUUCCAUGACCUCAAAUGUUCCUUUCUCUUCUGAACAAGUUGACUCCAUGAGAUCUCAUUGAAAAUACCAUUUCCUUGAGGAUUUCUUCCUUGUCUGUCCUGACCCUUCCUAUACCAGGUCCUUGCCACACACCAUGGAACUUUCUGUAGAAACCAUCGGCUUGGUUGUAAUACGGGAGUUGGCUAUGGUUCUUGGACACUGUCUUCCUCCUCUCAGCAUGAGUUCUUUCUGUUGACCUUUGCCUGUUGGGUCUCUGGAAGAGUUUUCACACACAGUAGAAGCUUAGUUAAAGUUGUCAGGGAGACGGGCAAAGAAUGGUCCACAGUAAUAUUUUAAGGGCUAGCCUGCCAAUAAACUUCAAGGAGUAAUUUGGUCUGAUGACUCCCAGAGAUGACUAUUGAGUCUCUUUAUCAAAAAUCCCUCUGAAAGUCCAAGAAACCCACUUAGAUGUCUUCUUAGGAGUCUAUGGUAGGUGAGUUUCUUAAGUCACAGCCAACUACCUGAAGACACAAGAUCUCUGGUGCAAAUGGACCUGCAUGAUCAGAGAGACAGCCAAUCAGGGCUCAAGACCACAGUGCCCAGGGACAAAGUGCCACAUCAGAAGAUUCCUGCAAAUGUGAACUCUCUGGAACCUUUCCUGGCAGCACAAACAGGGUGCAUGAAGUCUGGGGGAGGACCAGCUGAGAUGGAACGGCAAGUCCAUUCUGUGUCACCAUGUUCUAAU